CUGCAAUCACCACAUGCAUGCGGGCUCUGGUUAAGCAGGCCUGAUUUUAUCCUUAAAUUCAUCAUAUAGAAGAACAUCAUGACAGGGCGUGGCCGCGGCGUGAGGGCCAAAAAGAUUCAGAAGCCAAGGCCCCUUAGGAAUCAAUCUUCAACUGGAGGAAAUAGUCAUGAUGGUGGUGAUUGUGGAGGAGAUCUGAAGGAGAUAAUGAACGAUAUUGAUUCAUUCAUCUGGAACCAGGAGAAGAUGAGCAGGAUUUCAGAGGUUUUAGCAAAAAGGGGGCCAGAAUUUGAGAAGAAUUGUCCAGAUGAUAUGAAUGCUCUCUUCAACACAUUUCGUGAGGCUAUUCGCAGCAGCCAUGUGACACCAAUGAUCCGAUGCCUUCUCCUGGGUGUCUUGGAACAGCGAGACCAGAAGUGGGGCCAGUCCAUCGAUCUGAUGGAAUACUACGAAAAGAAGAAACAUGACCUGGAGAACUUCAACGUCAAGGCUUUACAGGCAAGAAAAAGACCAAUUGAACCCAAAUCAUCUCCUCCUUCGCAGCCCACGCAAACUCUGCAACAGAUCCAGAAUCUCGAUGACCAUGUCCAGAAUCAUGUGCAUGAUCAAGUGACGACGGAGGAUAUUAACUGGGAACCCGCGGUACAGAAUCUCUCCUUGCAGUCUGAUGCCUCGUCGGUCUCCAGCAUCGAAAACAUGGAUGUCCACAACGGUUACAACUCUGAAGUGGGUCAUAUAGGCAGCCAUCGAGCGCGAGGGAGGGGGUCUCGGAGGUCCUCCCGGUCAAGUGAAGGCUCCCUUAGGAAACAAGAUGAUGAGGACAUGCCAGUAGUUGGCCAACCCUCAUCUCGGACAUCAAUGAAGAGUGAAGUCGAUGAUGUGUUCGAUAAUGUAAAUAGUGCGGAAGAAAAGCCACCUGUUGCUGCACCAAGCGCUGAAGAGGGCCAUGGAGACAGUAGGAAGGAAGCUGAGACCACCCUGCAGGUCGCUGGGGAAGUCGUCACCAUCUCAUGUCUCAACCAAGUGUUGGCGAAUGGUGUACACAAGUUGAUCCUGCGAUACAGGAGCGCACUUGAAAAGUUUCUGAUUGAUGGCGUCCUGGACACCAAUGCUGAACAGAGGUUGUACGGAGGUCAGGGUUACUACUUACCAAAAAGGGUGCGCACUUCGUCAUCAAACGGCUAUGAGCCAACAAGAGACAAUGUUUGUAAUAGUCGAUAUAACUACCAGUCGCGAGAUUCUAACUAUCAGUCACGAGAUUCUAACUACCAGUCGCGAGAUUCAAACUACCAGCCACGAGACCAAAACUACCAGUCACGAGAUUUGAAUUACCAGUCAAAAAAUCGUAACUUCCAGUCACGCGAUUCUAACUAUGAGUCACAAGAGCGCAGUACCAAAAGAGACACCCUGGACACGGCUUCUUACAGGGAUUCUGAUGACAUUGCAAGCCCUCAGUACCCGUUUUCCAACACCCCUGUUGUGGCCAAGUUGUCUGAGGCAAUUGAAGGCUACAGGGAUAAGAAGAAAGAAGAUGUGACAUAUGACGCUGGACUUGAUUUGGUAGCGAUAAAGGAGGUGGAGAGAGCAUCGGGCCUGGUCAGAGAUAACAUGGGAUAUUUGCAUUCUCAAGAUGUGAUGCGUCAGCCAAUCAUACCAACAAGCUCCCUAGCAUAUGUGGCCAAAAUCCAAAAUGAACAACCUGGUGGUCCACUUAGUCCCAGGGAACGUAGGGCUAGUUUCUCCAAAACCAGUCGGAAGUAUUGGUGUAAAGUAAAACAAGAAUCUCUAGUCAAAGAUGGUAGUGCCGGUACUAUUAUAACCUAUCCAAAGGACUUUCUUCUAUUCUGUGGUUCUUCAGCAAUCGCAACCAAGCCUCCGUCGUUCUGUGAUUGGGAAUUGGUCAUGGAAAAUAACAAACAAGUCUGUCUUGAAAAGGUGAGCAAUAUGGAAAUAGCCAUGAGAAUCUUCAACUUUAGCACUUGGCAGCCGAAAGAAUUCUCUGGACUCCGCAGUUCAGUUGUUCGAGAUAAUAACGCAUCUAGUCAUCAGAGAGAGUAUCCUCUGUCAGCAGACAGUACAAAAUUCUCCAAACCAAAUUUCGGGGGUUAUUCUCGCAGCAGAAGUGUUGAGGAGUCCACAAGCAGCAUGAGACCUUGGGAUAUUGGCAAAUCUAGCGACCCUCAAGAAUCCAUGCGUGAAUCAAGCCAGCGAAAUCCUGAUUGGCCGCAGCCAAGUAGACGAUAUUCAGGGUCUGAUGUGACUAGACAGAAUUCAUGGUCAGACACAAAUAGGCAGAAUUUGUGGAACGACUCGAGCAGGCAAACUUCGUCUGGUUUUGGUCGACGGGAAUUCCACUUUAACUUCCCUUCCAGUUCCGUUGAGAGAAAGGAGUUCAAUUUCGGGAAGAGCUAUGGAACUUCUACCAACAAGUUUUCAAAUUUCGACUCUGUUUCCGAAGCAACUUCAAAUGAACUUGGUCUUCUUCUGGAGGAAAAUACUCGUCAAGACCACUAACAGGAUGAUAAUGACCUCCAUCUAAACAUUAUGUUAUUGCUCAAUACAAAGGCAUAUUUCACUGCAUCUCUACUAGAGACUGCAGGGAUAAUGUACUCCAAAUUCUCAUGGAUGAGAAUCAUCCAGAUUUAUCCAUUUGACGUCCCGCUUUCAUGCCUGUCAUGCUGAAAUAGCGCACAACCGAAUAUGAGAUUAUAACUCCAUAAAUAUACUACGGUACCGCUUAUAUUUGCCUGCAACACUCUCAAAUAAUUUACUUGUACCAGUUUUGUUGUAAAGUCUUUCAUCAUCAUCAUCAUUCUCAUAAUUUUUUUUAAAUGCCUACCUUUUCUUCGCCUUAUCCCUUUUUGAUAUCUUUCAUUUUGUCAACACAUUAGUCCACUUUAUACUUAUAUGCAACUUUAUAUGCAUCGUUAUAACACCAACAGUUGAUUUUGAUAAUUAACACUGAAUGUAUGAGAACCACAUGACACUGAUGUCUCAACCUAAAGUUGUCUCUUUCAUGCAUUUUAUCUCCAGUUACUGGUGUAAUGGUUGAUUGUGAAUCCCUUGACAAUCCAAUCAUUAAACUUACGUUAAAAAACCAUCCUUAGGAUAGGGUAGAGUACACCAUAGAAAUUAGUAGAGUAGAUAUGAUAUUUUUCAAAAUUCUUUCCUCUAUACGUAUGCGCUGAAUUUUGCCAUUACUACAGAUAUUGUUUUCUGCUGUUUAAACAUGUUGGGACCCGCUGUUAAAGAAAGGGUAAGUUUAUGUCUAUAUUGGCAGUUAUUUUCAUUCAAGAUGCAGGAUAUUAAUCAGUUGUCACAGCAACAACCGGUGCUUGUCACAGACACCUUCAAUGAACCCUGCAGAUGAGGGAUUUUUGUCACACGGAAUCAUUAUUGCAGGUCACUGUGAUAUGGAAAUUGCCUGUUUACGGCUGAUGCAUUGCUAUGUUAAAGAUGGCAGCCAAUACCGACAGUCUCUGGCCAUAUUGACGAACUUCAGGUGCCAACAUGCUGUACAAAAAUUCUAUUGUGGUUAUAAUGUGUUGUUAUAAUUAUAUUGUAUAGUUGAUCUAUGUCAUGCGAAUCUCUUCACAUGUAAUUUUUAUUUGUCAGCAUUUGAUGAGAACCAGUCAUAUGUCAAAAUUAUAUUUCUUAUCAGCGCACAUUUUUAUAGUUGCACACUUCCUGUCUAGAGGGAAGUACGGUGCCCUAUUGGAAAUAUGCCAAAAUUUAUAUGUAACCAUUCCAUUAUGGACUCGGAGACCAUUAUCCUUUCUACACAGGGAGUCUAGUGCAAUACGCUUGUAAUGGCUUGAAGAGACCACUUACAUAACCAUUCUAUUUUCUGUUGUGUCUGAAAGCUACGGGGUAGCAAAGUUAGUUUUGUUUCCUGUAGAGCCCACAUACAAAGUAUGUGAGGAAUUUAUUGCUUUUUUCACUGUCUGCCAUAUUCUGAAGAUCUGACACUCAUUAACCAAAUUUAGGUCAAAAUGACCUACUUUUUAAGUGGAUGUAGGUCAGUGUUACCUAUCCCAAUGUUGGUCAUACUUUGUGAUGUUGUCACUGUAAAAUAACCAAAUGUAUGUCAUGGAGUCAUCUUAACCAACAUCUACCAAAGCUCACUGGCCCCUGGCUGUUACAUCUAUAACAUGAUAUCCAUUGAAAAUGUAGAACAAAUACAUAAGAAAUUUCUUCAAUUCAAAAGUCAUGAUUUAGUUGAGAAAUGAUAACCUGUAAACUGCUUGCUUUCUCUCUUAAAGUGCAACCUUUGGUGCCUGUCUGGGGCCGACGACACCUUCCAUUCCAGUCCACAGCUUGGGGAUACCGUAGUAGACAGAAGUUAGGACCUACACUACAGUGUGGUACACAUCAAUUCAUGUGUCACACAUGUGUGUCCUCGUAUUUGACCCUUCAGCCUGAAUUGGUGCAAUAGUGUUGUACAAUAUAUCAUCCAUUGUGUUCAUUGUCUCUAAU